UUAUCUAUAUCAUGUAUGACGGGAAAACAUUGAUCGUAUACAUGUGUUAUCAUAAGUUCAAACUCCAUCAUGUGAUGUAAAUGUAAGGACCUUAGAUAUACAUAUAAGGUGCAUUGUGAAAAAAAACGUGUUGUGAAAAUCAAUCGUGUAAAAUCUAAAGAAUUUUUGUCGUCUGCAAAGAGGGGACUUAAAAUUAAAUAAUGGCGGAGUCGGAUACACAGAAACAAACAGAAGAGAAGAGGAAUGUUAUGAUAGCCAUGGAUGGGAGCAAACAUGCUAUAUAUGCAUUUGAAUGGUAUGCCGAAAAUGUGUACCAGCCUACGGACAAUGUGAUCAUGGCUCAUUGUGCCGAACAUGGAGUCAAUUUACCUCCAACCGCAUUAAUGGCGGGAAAUCCAACAGUUAUACAAGCUAUGAUGAAAGAACACGAGGAGGAAGUGAUGAAAGUGUUCCGUACAAUCGACGAGUUGGCAAAUAAACAUAACAUAAAACAUACUCUAGAGCGUUUGAACGGGCCACCAGGUGAGUCUCUGAUCAAGGCUGCAGAACAACAGGAUGUGACGUUGAUCAUCGCCGGAAGUAGAGGUCAUGGAACUAUAAGACGCACUAUUAUGGGAAGUACGGGAGAUUAUAUCGUGCACCAUUCGCACGUGCCAGUGUUGAUUGUGAAGCACGAGGACGAACAUCAUAAACUGAAGUGAAGAGACAGUACUAACAUGACUUUUAUUCAAACUAAUAUAUCCCC